AUGAGAGGCGACUUUGCCAAUCGUAACCCGAACAAGUAUUGUCACUUCCAUCGUGACAUCGGCCACGACACGGAGAGUUGUCGGAUCCUAAAGGAUGAGAUCAAGAAGUUGAUCCAUCGCGAUUACCUCAUGCAGUUUGUCAAGCGCAACGAGAGAGAUUCCCGGCCUACCAACCACUCCAGGGAAGCACCAGAAUUGAGCAGGCAACAAGAUCGUGACCAGCCACCUCAGGAUCCACCACCAAUACAUAGAGUGAUCAACAUGAUCACAGGAGGCUCUAUUUUAGUAGGGUGCAACACAACAACAGGGAAGAAUUCAGUUUUGGAGUUGGAGCAGGAGGAUGAGAACCCGUUGAAGCACCCUCGAGUGAAGGAAGUCAUCUACUUCACCGAGGAUGACGCUCGCGGGGUCCAGUAUCCACAUGAUGAUGCCCUCAUUGUCAAAAUGAUCAUUAAUGACUUUAAGGUAAAGCGGAUUUUGGUCGACUCAGGGAGCUCGACAGACAUCCUAUUCUUGGAAGCCUUUAAGAAGAUGCAGCUUGAGCGGAAGGACUUGCAGCCAACAGAUGUACCUCUCGUCGGCUUCAGUAGAGACGUGGUGAAGCCUUUAGGCAGAAUCAAGGUGCUAGUCACAGCAAGGUCAGAGCACACCUUCUUGGUGGUAGCCACCUUGUCCCCUUACAAUGCAAUUUUAGUUCGGUCCAUCUUGCAUGCACUUCGUGCAAUGGUGUCGACCUAUUACAUCUCAAUGAAAUUUUCUGAUGAGGUAUGGACUAGGGUCAUAUGGGGCAACCAGUUGGAGUCAUGGAAGUGCUACGUUGCGGCAUUGAAGGGCAAGCCAAAGCUGGCAGGUGACGUCGAGCUGGAGUCGCCCCCAAGUACACAAACGAGCGAGCCCAACCCAUGA